AUGCUCACACGGCAGGGCACUGGUCUGGCUGACACCGUGCAGCUCAGUACGGCGAGUUCCACCCCCCCCCCACCCCCCGGGCCCGUGACUCCCUCCCUCGCCCAUGAAGCGCGUGCUGAGGGGAGAGCUGGCCGUGCGGGAGGGUCCACCUGGGCAGGAGUUCUAAACGUUAGGCAGGCCGGGAGACCAGGACCUGUGAGGUGGUGCCUACCCAGGAGGAGGCGGGCGUCGGGGAGUGGGGGAGGCGGGGGGCUGGAGCCUGGCCGGGGUUGGUCUUGGGCACCUCCCCGGUGUCAUCUGGAGCCGAGAGCGUGGGCCAGGCGCCCGCGACCCGGGCCGCGGGCAGCCCACCGAAACCCCCAGAGCCCUGUGGAGGAGCGCCCUGCCGAGCGCAGCAGCAGCAGCAGCAGCAGCAGCAGCAGCAGCAGCAGCACAACCACCACCACCGUGAGUCCCCUGCACGGCCGGCUCAGCUCCAUGACCUCAUGGUGCUUGGCCACUCGGGGCAGGAUAGGGAGGGCACGCUUCCACUCCAGGAGCACCCUGCCCCCAACCCCCGCCCCCGCGUCCACUCGGAUUCCUGCCCAAGAAGGGGUUGCCAGGAGAGUGGGGAGGCUUGCGGUUGGGGAGCUGUGGAGGGACCCUUCCCAGACAGUCCCCCGUGGGCCCCCAGUGUCAUCUCCCGUCCUCCUCCGGGGCUCCGAGCUGGUGACUCGAGACUCGGUGGCGGUGGUCGUGACGGGGGCUCGGGGUGGGAGUGGUGGCGGGGGUCUGUGCAGGACUGAAGGGCAGGCGGGCGGCGACUCGGGCUCCCCACCGCCUCUCUCCGGCACCGUGUUCCUUUCCAGAGUCGCACGGUGGAGACCGGCCACGGGCCGUGCUCGUUGGCUCCUCCUGGGUGUCUACCCACAGCCCCGGAGCAUGUCAAGUCCAGCUCAGAGUGAGUGUGGGCACGAGGGGCCUGAACGAGGCCAGACGGGACAGGACCGGUCCCCGCGGACCCCACUCCACCACGAUCGCCUCCCUCCCGGCCUUGGCGCGCGCAGCGGUCGGGCUCCCGCUCCCAGAGGGAUAGGGGUGGCGCCCCCCUCACCCCUAGGCCCGGAUCCCGCGGCGUCCAGUCACGGUGGCACGCCCCACGGGCUUGGUGCCAGCGUCACAACAGUGCCGCACACACACAAUUGCCCUUCCCUCGGGACGAUCCCACGCUCUGCCCUUCCGCCUCGCCUCAGCACCAGGGCCCAAGUGGCCGUCUCCCACACUUCCACGGACUCAGACGAGCGCUGGUGGCGCCCUGGUGGGCCCUGAUCCCGAUCCCGGGGGACAUGCGCCGGGCACCGAUGGUCCGGGCGCGCCUGCUGCACCAUGCGGCGGAG